AUGAUUAAAUUUCUACUGUGUUUGUUGCUAGCUCUCACAACCGUAAACGCGGUGUCUGUCAAUUUCACGACCUGCAGAUCAGGCCCGGGAGGGGUUCACGGUAAAUUGACCACUGUGGACAUAGACCCAUGUCCCGUGCAACCUUGUGCUCUUCCACAUGGCCAAGAUAUUACACUACGAGCUACUUUUACUCCAAGUGUAAGUUCUUCAACAUUUAAAUCAUCCGUCCAUGGUAUUAUUCUCGGACUUCCGGUCCCUUAUGGCGUUCCUACAGGAUCUUUGUCCGGAACUCUUGUAGCUGGACAGGAAGUUGUCUACACUAACACCUUACAUGUGUCGCCACUGUAUCCUAAGAUCCGGCUGAAUGUAAAAUGGGAAGUCCUAGACGAACAUAAUCAUGAUCUCUUCUGUUUCCUUGUGCCAGUACAUAUUACUAGUUAACUGAUAUUAACUAAUCAGCUGAUGUC